AUGGACAAGCUGUCGGGCCAACUGGAAAAAAGAGUGUCUGAUUUGAGCAAUUUUCUAGGAACAAUUGCUAGGAACUCUAGAUUCAUCACCUUGUUGUAUACUGGUUGUCCUGCUGUGCCAAAAGAUACUAAACUACGCAUGUGGGAAUAUGUCAAUAACAAGUUUAUAAUUCCAGCAGAAGGAGAAAAAUGGGUGAUGGAUGGUCUUCGUGAUGCUUGGAGGCGACAUAAGAGAUAUGUUAAGGAGAAUAAUUUUGAUAAGUAUAAAACACUAGAAGAUCGGCUAAAAAAUUGUCCUAGUUGGAUACCAGAAGUUCAAUUUCGCCAGUUGAUAGAGUAUCAGGAGCUUCCAACGGUUAAACGUGCAACCAAAGAGAAUAAUGAGGAACCAUCAAAGGCUGAAAUGUUUAUUGCAACUCGUACAAAGAAUGAAAAACAAGUUGAUCCUGAAACUGAAGUUGUAAUAGCUGAACUUCAAAAUCGUCAAAACUUGGGGGAAACAACAGAUGACUCAUUUAAGGCAGUGUCUGGAAAUGAGCAACCUGGUCGAGUUCGAUGCUAUGGUAGAUCUGAAGAAGUUAAAGAAUUGAAAGAAGAAGUUGUUGAACUGAGAAAGUUGCAAGGAUUGAAGGAAGAAGUGCAAGAAUUGCAACAACUGCGACAUCUCAUGAAAUUGUUAGUAAAAAAUAAUCCUGGACUAAACCUUGAGGAUGCAAAAGGGUUUAUCGGAUCUAACCAACCAUCUCCGGUUGAUUCUAGUAGUGUACGGGCUACAAGAGUCCAAAAUAUUCCACGUUCCUCUGGAUCAACUCAUGGCCCGACUCUUGGAAAGGAAACUUAUGGCGAUGCAAUUGGAAAUGGUGGCCGAAAGUUGAGUUGA